CAGACGAUAAAGCCUAGUACCACAAUAUAACAAAACCAUAGCUUCCGCGUUAAAAAGGUUUGACAGCCCACCGCAAAAUAGAACACUCAAAUUAGGCAGAUCUAACUCAUUUAGCGGUGCGAUUCGGAGAGUGUUCGGCUCCCAUAAUUGAACAAGCCGAACACAGGCCGAGCGCCGGUAAUUGUAAACUUGAUCUAAUGAAGAUGGGAGCGCAUCGAGACGAAAAUCUGAUUCAGAGAAUGUAACGUUUCCUCUCGAUGGCUGGCUAAGAAGGGAGAAUGUUUGUGAAGAACUGCACCGGCUUUGACAAUAGGGAGUGAUUGUGUGCGAAUAAAUCAUGCCGGGGAAACUCAAACGGCACGAAUAUGACUUGGUCGAGGAGGUUUAUGAUAGUAAGAUACCGGUUCACAAUGAAACUGCAUUCGAGCACGGAAUACGCUUCAAAGUUAAGUUUAUAGGUACCAAGGAGAUCUCAAAGCCAAAUAGUAGGACGGAGAUUGUGGCUGCGAUGCGUAGAAUAAGGUAUGAGUACAAGAUCCAAGGUAUAACAAAGAAGAUUGUUGAGCUGUGUGUGGGUUUAGAGGGUGUCCACGUGUCCCACCUACAGACCAAGGGGAGCAUGUUCCAGAAAAAGAAGAUGAAAGAAAUAGUUGAAACAGAGGUGGCUACUUAUCCUAUUCACAAAAUAUUUUAUGUCUCACAUGACUCCCAGGACCUUCAGAUCUUUAGCUAUAUUGCCAAGGAGGAGGAUAUUUUCAAGUGCAGUGUGUUUAAGGCAUCCAAUAAGAGCCAGGCAGUGCACAUAGUGAGGACGAUUGGUCAAGCAUUUGAAGUGUGUCACAAACGAACAACAACAGAAGCAGGAUCAAAACCGAGAGAGAGUGACACAGCCCCGGACAAACAAGAACAUGAUGGCACUGUGGACGAAGUAACUAAUACAUCUCCGAACAAAAAUAAACACAACACGGACAGCACGUCUACGUCACAUGAAUCACAUAACGCGAUAUUAGAUGGCAGUUGGAAAGAUGAGGACGAAGGAUCCGUCGGGCUCUCAGUAGAAAAACUCAGGCAAAUCUUCCAUCAACAAGUUGAUCAUUACAGACAAGAACUUGCAGCAGCGAAACUACAAACCAACCUACUGAAUGAUAAGCUAACGGCGGAAACGACCGCCAGGAUUGAGGCCCAGAAACAAGUGGAGGCGGUCUUGAAGCAGAACAAAGAACUGAUCUCUACCGUCCAACAACUAGUCUCUCAGGUCCACUCCCUUCAUGCGCAACGUAACACAAGGAGUCCAAACUCGCCGGGAAUAGUGCUUGCGCACAGUAACACGUCUUCACUUGCAUCAACUCCCAUUAUGCAGCCGCGGCGUAUGGAAUCUGGUCUCUUGAGAAGAAACUUAGGCGAACCAACGUUACCGCACAUACCGCCUCCCGCCGCCAGUCCCGCUCAUUCCCGAAAACACAGCAACGCAAGCUCAUCCUCUCUCACUUCCGGUGGCAUUCGACCUAGUAACCAGACCUCCCUUCAAAACACGACCAGCACAUCCGAUCUUGAGAUAUCACAAGCGAAACGCGACCCUCCCCCCCAAGAAUUCUUUCAAUUCGUCUUUGACAGUUCCGUAAAUUCGGACUACUUCGUGGCAGCCGAGCCCGCGAAUACAUCGCCCAAUGUGUCUGAGCAUGCGCAGUGGCCUAUUGGCUCAUCGGCUUCUACCAUGGCAACGCCAAAUAGCACGCCUGAGAGACAAGAUAAGAAAAAGACGGCCCUCAAUGGGACAUGAUGUAUAGAGCUGUAAAAAUAGAAAUGAUUGAUUUAAGGAAGAUUUUUAUGAAUUUAUUAUAUGCCUACUGUGCAGAACUUAGGGCUUAUUUUCAACACAUUUUUAAUGAGCGUAUCGUUACUCACAAACAUAUAGUAAAAUUUAUCUUUCAGCA